AUGGCAGAUAUCAACCAAGUCUCCGCUAAAGAGAUAUGCACAACAUGCGCCAUAUCCGAUGAGCUGGCAGAGGAAAUUGUUAGGACACGACGCGAAUAUGGUCCGUUCCGUUAUUUACGGGACCUGUGGAGGGUUGAGGGCAUGUCUAACACUGCAGCGGGAGUCCUGUCUUCAAUGUAUCACAUCAACAUUGACACCAGCACGCAGCAUUCCCCAACAAAGAACAUUUAUCCCAGGGUUUCCGGGACAGUGUCACCAAGAACUAGGAGAAAGAUUUCACAAUCUAGAGACGAAAGACUUCAAUCGCGCUCAACAAGUCACAAGGGUAGCGAUGUGGAGAGGGUCGAGUCAGACGAGGAAAAAGAAAUGGCAUAUAUUGUCGUCAAAAACGUUAACGGCCAAGAGCACAACACUCUAGCAAAGACGGCUCACGUACAGAAAUCUCCAUCUGGUAACAAAUUAUAUAUCAAAUGUGAGGGUAUUAGGGGAUAUCGUAUCAAUGGCGCCAGCAGAACAUCAUCAGAGACAAGAGCAGAAAGCAAUGCUUGCACGGAACAGAGUAAUCAUCUCGGAAAUUCCAAACUUUAUAAGACAUUCUAUUCCCCGAUCAACUCCAGAAGAAACCGUCUUAGAGGCGAAUUCUCGAAAACAAAAUUCGAAUUUUGGAAUCGCAUAGAGGAAGGCUGGAAGGAUCUGGAAUUGUGUGAGAAACGUGUGCCUUCAGCAAGAGAAAAGCGAACCGCAAAAUGGAUUCGUUCAUUACCAAACAAGGUGGAAAUAGAUAUACAAAACUCUGAACCACAAGCUGUCCAAAAAGUCUUUGUGACGAGCAAACAAAAUUUUUCGCAAGAAAGACUCAACAUCGGUCAUUCUCGUGGUCAAAAAUACGAAAAAGGUAAAAGACCUAAAGGCAGAAAAACGGCAGAUCCAGGGGAGGUAAAUGCGCAAAACUCUUUCGAUUCACUCGAAACUGUUGCUGGGACAAGCGAACAGACGCCUUCAAAAAGACGUAAAACGCGUCCUUCUCGUGAUAGGAAUAAGAAGACUGGUAAAAUAAUCGACAAAAAGAAAACGCGUCGUGACCAUAAAAAACCUUCUCGUGAUCGUCGAAAGAAGAGCGAUCGAAAAGACGAGAAAAAGAAAAAGUCUCGUGGUCACAAAACAAAGACGCCUGAUGAGAGUUUUUGUAUUAUAUUGUAA